AUGCCUAGGAAGCAUUUAGGCUCACCGGAACAGCCCAGUUUCGAACUGCCGUCUUUGCCGCCAUGGAGGACUCCCAAAAUAAAGAUAUUACAUCAUACACCUUCUAAAGGGCGAUCGCUACUAGACGAUCGCGAUAUCUUCGAGACACCAAGAAACCUCAUGGAAGACUCGGCUGCGACCAACAAAAGGGUCAAAAAUUCAGAGGUUUACGAUUUUACUCCAUUUUGUGACAAGAAGCUGCUGGCAGCGAGCAAAAUUGGCAACAUGCGAAGUUCAGAAAGCGCUACACAUUGUCUGGUAUUCCACAAGGACAAACACAAAGCAGAGACAGCUCUCAAAGAUUUCAGGCCGGACCUGGAUUUAUGGUGUUGUGACAGCUCUGAAGACGAGCUAGAGAAGCCUUCCUCGUCUUUAGAAAGGAAUGGUAUUACGGAUGACGUCCAGGGUAGCACUGACGGUGGUGCGGGCCACCAUUUUUCCUCCACAGGGCAUCUUUUACACCCCAACUCUCGCCCUCGAUUCGACACUGGAGUCUCUGCCGAGAAGAGCACACUGCGGCAAUUCUGGAACGGCUCCGAUGCGGCGGAGACGUUGGAGCGAAGCCAACUUCACGACAUUCACUCGGUCCUGCUUCACGAACAAGAUUUGAUCCACAGACACCAGCGUCAAAUCCAGCAAAAUGAGCCCGUUUUACCGGAAACCGAACCGGAUUUCUACAAAUGGCUACGCAAGUAUUGUCAAACUGUCUCAGACAGAGAUUCAUGGAUUUGGACACCACAACUGGAUAUCACUGAUGGUGGUACUCAUCGUACAGAUUAUUAUGUGACACCUUCAGAUUACGUCAGCACAAACGUGACACACAGCACGUGA